AUGGCUCCGGUGAGAUGCGCCCCUCGCCGCUUCCUCGCUUACUACAUGGGCUCCCUUCCUCCGCCAUUCCGCUUGCGUACUACGCGCGUUCUCGCUCGCGCGCGUCCUGUCCGCGCCUUCCAUCCCGCCAAUCAAAGGAAAAGCCCCCCCGCCUCGCCUCAGAGGGCGCAGCAGGAGCGGCGCUACCGUCCCCCUCAUCCCCCCUCACUUUCCCCCUUUCCCCUUUUUCUCACCUUCCCCCACCUCGUCACCCCAUCUUUCCAAUUAGCUGCCCAUGCUAAGCUUGAUCUCUUUCCCCCAUCCCCCCAUCCCUUCCCCCCUUCAACAAUGCCACACGCCACCCCUCCCGGCCCCCUUCCUGAACCUAGUGGGAGCCCCAUCUCCCCCAAGUGGUUGCCCAUGUAUCGGUGGCUUGCCUCCCUCCCCCCAACCACACCCACCCUUGCGGCAUGGGUGGUGCGGCAGUGGGUGCAGCAGGAGUGGGGGGAUGGGGUGGAAUUGCGGGUGCCCCCUUUCCCCUCCCCUCCUUCCUCACACAUUUCAUUUUUCACCCCCAACCCUCCCCUCCCUCCCGCUACACUCUCCCUUUACCCCCCCUUCCCGCCUUGCAACCCCCAGCCCAUCUCCCCCAAGUGGCUGCCCAUGUAUCGGUGGCUUGCCUCCCUCCCCCCAAGCACACCCACCCUUGCCGCGUGGGAGGUGCGGCAGUGGGUGCAGCAGGAGUGGGCGCGACUACCCCUAGAGCUCAGACGCACUCCCAUGCAGCGCAUAGUGCAGUACACUGUUACCGCUUUCCACCGCAUUAAACACCAGGGGGGGCUGGGGGUUGUGGCUGAGGGGAUGAUUCAGGGAGGGGGAUUGAUGGGGGAAGAGGAGGGGGAGGAGGGUGUGGUUAGAGAGAGUGGGGAUGGGAGGGGGAGGGAGGCAGGGAGGGGGAGAGAUGGAGGGAGGAGAGAUGGAGGGAGUGGGGGAGACAGAGGGAUGGGGAGAGGGGCAGAGAGGAGACGAGGGGCAGGGGUUGGAGCAGAGCGUUCUGACUAUAAUGAGUGUCGGAGCAGUGGGGAGAGAGGAGAUGCGGAGGAGGGGAACGAGGAUGGGGAAGGAGAGGAGGUGGGAGAAGAGCGGAGGGGAGGAGAGGAGCGGAGGGGAGGAGAGGGAUACGCUGGGAGGCGCAGGCGGUGGGGAGGAAGAAUGGCGACAUACACAGAGCAUCCCAUGAAAAAGCGGAGGGCAGUGGAAGCAGCGAUGGGAGGGGAGGCAGCAGAGGCGCAGGAGGUGGGGCGCAUGGUGCGGCAGCAGCACUGCGCUCUCGUGAACCACUUCAACAGCCAAUGUUUUUUCAAACCUCCACCCAUGCCAUCUCUCGUCUCUCAAACCUCCACCCAUGCCAUCUCUCGACCCCUCCUUCCUCCCUCCCCUACGCGCCCUUACCUCCCACCAAGCUGCAUGGCACACUGCAGUGGCGUGUGGCUACAGGGUGGCAGUGGGGCGGGCUGGGUGAUGGGCCUGAGAGAUGGAGCACAGUGA